AUGGACUCUCGCGCUGGGAACACCGCAGACCAUAGAGGGAGCAGAAGAGGUACUGGCUUGGCGGACUUGUCAGCUCUAGUACGAAAGGCGGGAGCCACAUUGCGCCUGCGCCACAAGGAGGGUGUUAGUGGCCUGGAUUCUGCAGAUAUAGAAGUCACAGACAGUCGUUUGCCUCAUGCCACUCUUGUGGAACAUCGAUCUCAGCAUCAAAGGUCUGAGUCUCUGGGUAAAUGUGUGGAGCCACUUCCAGUAACCCAGAAUAAGGCAAGCUAUGCUUUGAAACUACCCCAAGCCACUGGCCGAUUUUCUGUGGAGCUGGUCCGAGGUCCUGCUGGCUUUGGUUUCACUUUAAGUGGAGGCCGAAAUGUAUCUGGGGAUGCUCCAUUGGCCGUGCGUGGACUGCUGAAGGAUGGUCCAGCACAGCGAUGUGGUCAUUUGCAGGCUGGUGACCUCGUGCUCUACAUUAAUGGGCAGUCAACAGAGGGCCUCACUCAUGCCCAAGUGGUGGAGAGGAUUCGAACUGGAGGCCCCCGCCUUUGCCUGGUACUUCAACGGCCUCAAGAGAUGGAUGGCAGUAGGAGCGAGGAGGCUGGAGGACAUCAGAAGACAGUUUGUAGCCCAGAUCCUAGGGAAAGCAGGAUGAUGGAGUCUCGCAGCACCAUUUACCCAGUUCACCACCGGCCCAAGACCCGGACCAGUCUGGGACCUAGUUCAGAGGCAGUGGUUAUUGGCCACGUGGUUCGUGCAGCGGAGCACCCCACAGAAGACCUGGAAGAUCCUAUCUCUGGUACCCCUGGGCCCUGGCUGGUGCCGAGCGAGGACCAGCUUUCGCGGGCUCUAGGGGUUCGGGGUCGGGACGCGCGGCCCGCUCAGGAGAUGGCAGCCGGAAGGCGGAGGCAUUGAGCACCACUAGACAGCUCUGUGCUCACUAGAACCAGAAAACUGAGGUCCAGCACUGAGGCCAAAGAAGACUUCCCUGGAAUUACCCAGCACAGGGUACUGGCUGCCUAGGCUCAAAGCAGAUUGAUGAUAGUCGCUAAUAUCCACCAGGCCGAUCAUCAGGUCCCGUUCCCACUCAGUCUCUGCAGCACUAUCAGCACCACUACCCAAACUCUGCAAACUGACUGCAUCCUCCCCAUCCUAGUUUGGUACCAGUUGACUACAGAACCUGAUCUGACCCAAUCAGGAACACCUUACUCUUUUUAUUCAUCUCACUUAUUAUGAACAUUUACACCAGAUCUGGGGGGGGGGGAGGAUUAAGUCUUAAUACCCCAGAUCUUUCCUGUUAGGUAAUAUAUAGCAGUGGUUCUCAACCUUCCUAA